CGCCUGAGCGCCCAUCAGCGCUUGCGGCGGUCUGUCUCGUUCCAGCAAUGGGUCGCAAGGCGUCCAAGCAGCUCGAGGACCAGCGACACGACUACGAGGAGAGCAAGGGCCUGCUCUCCGGCGACAUCCGCGACGAUGUCAGCGACGUCGACAGCGAGGGGGGCGAGCGCUCGGGGUGGUCGCGAGGCCGGCUGCUCUGCGUGGCUUCAUCCUUCAUCUUUCUUCUCAUAACCGGUGCCUUUGCGAGGGCGUGGUACGUGAGGCCGCCCCCACCACACAACAGCUAUACUCUAGAAGGCGCGGGUGAACUGCGCUCGAAUGGCACGCAUGAGUUCAGGCGGACGGUGCUCAUCGUGUCGAUAGACGGGCUAAGGGCGGACUACCUCGACCGCGGCCUCACACCACACCUCCUCGACAUCAGCAAGCAGGGCUUGCGCGCCAAGUCCAUGAGGCCUAUAUUCCCGACCUUAACCUUCCCUAAUCACUGGGCCCUAAUGACUGGUCUGCAUGCCGAAAGCCACGGUAUCGUUGCGAAUAACUUCUGGGAUCCGUCCUUGAAGAGCGAGUUCAAGUACAACUCCGCCGCUGCAUCCUGGGACCCUGCAUGGUGGUACGGCGAGCCUAUGUGGGAAACUGCCGAGAAGGCCGGCCUCAUAACUGCGAACCUCAUGUGGCCAGGUCCUCCUAAGAUGGCCUCUGGCGCCAGUCCGACGUAUUUCGAGCCCUGGAGAGACAAGGUGCCACUCCACGAGAAGUUAGAUCAAAUCUUAGAGUGGAUAGACUUGCCAUUGGAGGAACGACCCCAGCUUAUUAUGGCAUACGAGCCAUCUCUCGACCAAGCGGGGCACUUGACGGGACCUAUGUCCGCACUCGUCAAUAAAACCCUCGGCUAUGUCGACACCUUCGCCAAAGAUCUCGCCACCUCCCUCGCUGCGCGCAACCUCACCUCCAUCGUCGACGUCGUCUUCGUCUCCGACCACGGCAUGACCGAUACCUCCAACCCCGAGUUCAUCUACGUCGACGACAUCCUCGGGCCCGACGGCAUGAAGGCCAUCGCGCACGUCGACGGCUGGCCGAGCAUGGGCAUCCGCUGGAAGGAGGGCGCGAAUGUGACCGAAUACCUCGGCCGGCUGAAGAAAGCCGCCGACGCGCGCGAGGACGGCGCGUUCGACGUGUUCACGCACGACACGAUGCCGGAGCGGUGGCACUUUGCGGGGAUCGACCGGAUCGCGCCGGUCUACGUCGUCCCGAAGAUGGGCUACGCGCUCACGACGCACGAGGAGGGGGAGGACGGGAUGAGCAAGGGGAACCACGGCUACGACAACCGCGAGCCCGCUAUGCACGCGAUGUUCGUCGCGCAUGGGCCCUUCACCGCCGUCAUCAAAGCCCUGCAUCAGAGCCGGGACACCCUCGCGCGCCGCUGGCUCUCCCGCCCGAACAAGGGCUGGCACUCCACGGCGGACGACACCUACGUGAUGGACACGUUUGCGAACGUCGAGAUCUACAACCUCGUGCUGAAGCUCUUGGGCGUCGAGGGUUUCAAGGCGCCGACGAACGGGACGGAGGGCUUUUGGGAUAGGUACUUCUAAGAUGAACUAGGAUGGGGAUAUGCAAGCAUAUCCAUCCGUGAUGGUGAACGAGUUGCUGAAUUGUUCGUUCUUGUCCCGGGAGACGUCGUCUUUGAUUGGUGCGAGGAGGCACGAAAGUGGCGGGAUGCAACUAGAAGAACAGGUAUGAGAUACGUAAUGCAGAGUGACUUCAACGACCGGUGAAACAGAGUAUGAUGGAAUCGAUAAUCCCCUUGUGAGUCAAGGUAGGUACGUAGGGUCGUCCAUGUCGUCCAUUGACAAGC